GCACAGUAGUUGUCCAAUGCUUUAAUCACCUCGGCCAGUUUCUUGUUUUCCGGGUCGGCAUAUGUGAUCUCCAUCGUGUUGUAUAUCUCCAGCUCGUCUAAAAACUGCUAUUUUCUUAGUCUCUGGCUUGUAAUUUAUCCCUCUGGCUAAGUAGUACAAAUUCAGUCUUUGUUUCCAUUUCUUGCAAGGAUUCCAGUCAAUAACAACGGAGGUGGUGUAAACGACUGCAUUGCUGCUAAUCCCAAACUACAUAGCUAUUGACUCUGCGCUAUUGCACGUUUUCUAGCAGAAUGGAGGGAAGUGGGGGUUUAUUCGAUCGCCUACGAAUUCUCAGAAGGCAGCCCGACCUUCGGCCCCUCUUUCUCCGCCUCCUCUUCACGCAGAUCACAGGAAUCAGGGCUUGUUCCCGAGGAAGCAGUGUAUCCUUCGCAUCGGGCUCGUCAGAGUCGUGAAAGGAAAAAGAGGAUUCUAUUAGUCCGUGCCUAUCUUGAUAUGACAAUGGUGUGAAGUGUCCUUCAGGGAAGAAGAACACAACCACUCAGUCCCUCAGGUGUCCCACUGUCCUCUUCAUCGCUCCAUGCCCCGCUAAGAAGACAACACAGUGUUCCACUUGUGGAAAGAAGAGUUUUGCACCCUCUUUUUGCUCUACCGUUUCUUUCUCGCCAUGGGGGGUGCAGUGAGCGCCGGGGAGGACAACGAUGAUCUGAUUGACAACCUGAAGGAGGCGCAGUACAUCCGUACAGGUCGCGUGGAGCAGGCUUUCAGGGCCAUAGACCGCGGGGACUACUACCUGGAUGGCUACAGGGACAAUGCCUACAAGGACCUGGCAUGGAAGCAUGGCAACAUCCACCUUUCUGCCCCCUGUAUCUACUCUGAGGUGAUGGAGGCUCUGAAGCUCCAGCAGGGACUGUCCUUCCUCAAUCUGGGCAGUGGGACUGGAUACCUCAGCACCAUGGUGGGACUCAUAAUAGGUCCAUUUGGUGUGAACCAUGGAGUGGAGCUCCAUACGGAUGUGGUGGAAUACGCCAAGGAGAAACUAGAUGACUUCAUCAAGAAUAGUGACAGCUUUGAUAAGUUUGACUUCUGUGAACCCAUCUUUGUGGUGGGCAACUGUCUGGAGAUCUCGUCAGACAGCCACCAAUACGACCGUAUCUACUGUGGUGCGGGGGUGCAGAAGGAUCAUGAAAAUUACAUGAAAAUCCUGCUCAAAGUUGGGGGUAUUCUAGUGAUGCCUAUAGAGGAUCAGCUGAUACAGAUCACCAGGACUGGUCAGUGUUCCUGGGAGAGUAAGAAUAUCCUGGCCGUGUCAUUCGCUCCUCUGGUCCAGAAGAACAGAGCUGAGGGAAGCAAGCCUGAUGCUGUAGAGCUCCCCCCAGUGACAGUCAGGAGCCUUCAGGACCUGUCUCGCGUCUACAUCCGCCGCACCCUCCGAGAUCUGACCAAUGAAGAAUGUCCUGACAAAGGUCUGGUGCAGAGGGCGCCCCAGAAACGCAAGCGCAGGCGUUGCCGGCUGCGACGCAUUAACACGUACGUCUUUGUGGGUAACCAGCUGAUCCCCCAAGCCAUGGAGAGCGAGGAGGACGAACGGAUUGACCAGGAGCAGCACAAGGAGGACCAGGAGCAGCAAGAGACGCAGGAGCAGCAGGAGAAGGAGCAGGAGGAGGAGGAGAGAGACAUUGGCAGCGUUGAGAUACUGAAGGCAGUGAAUGUGCUGAGAGACAAAAUCAUGACUUUACCUCUGCCUGAAUCGCUGAAGACCUAUCUGUUAUACUACAGAGAAAAAUGACUGACUGCUCAACCUGCUGGCGUCCGUUCUCAUGGAUGCCUGCUGAGAUGCUUUUCUUCAUUCUCCUGUUUUCUCUUUUUUCAGUACUGAAUGACGUAGUAUUAUUUUUUUUCUUCAAUAUGAACAUGGAAUGGACACUGAGACUUCCUGGGUCGUCAUGGAUAAUUUUCUAUAGUUACUAUGAUAUGGUUAUGUUAGAAUUUAUGUUAUCGAUUGUUUUUUGAAUUUGUAUAUCAAAGAUUUAUUUAAAAGCCUACUGAAUGGAAAAUCCUUUUCAAAUAUGGUAUUUUGAGGAUGUAGAUUGUAUCACAUGUUAAUAUUCCAGCAAAUUGUCACGAAAUGAAAUUGUAUAAAAUAAGAUGCCACCUAUAUUUGUUAACAAUAUGAUCAUGUAACCUUUUUCUAGAAGCAUUAUGGAACUUGAUAUUACUGAAUUAACAUUUACAAUUGCUGAAUAGAAGAACCAGAGACCAAAAAAAAAAAUGCAUGUACACUUCCUAUUUGAAUCGAAGACUAUUAUGGAACAUUUUAUGAAACAUUUCCUCAUGAAUCAUUGAAGGGGCAAUUCUUUCAUUGUUCUUUCCUCACACUGUUAUGUUUGAGUAGAGGGAUUGUAAUGCUGUGUGACGAUGAGAGAUCAAUGGGAGAUUGGUUUGUAAUUUAUUUUGUACCGCAUUUUUAAAUCUCUGAAGUAUUUCUUUAGAAUGGUUAUAUCCUCUUGCUCUCUCUCACUUUGCUCUUAAGUAAUAGGCAUUUUAAUUUGGUGAUACAUUUUUAUUGCCUUGACUGUUUCGUCCACCAGACUUAUUUUUCCCUCUUUUUUGUUGUUGUUGUUGACGUGCAAAGGGUUUGCAAUUAUCAUACCAGCAGUUAGGCUAACGGGGAAUCUGAUGAAUUAAGAUUUUUCUAAUGGUGAAUGAAAA